CGCGCCUGGAGCGGGCAGGAUGCGGGGUUCCUGGGCCGCCCCGCGCUGACCCGCUUUCCCCGGCCGGGGCGGAGGCGCUCCCCUGGACCCCUCGAGGCGCAACGCGGGCCAGAGGCGUAGGGGUUUUAUAUACCUGAAACAGCACGACAGCUUCUGGGUCGUUCUGAGGAUUAAAGAGGUGUGGAGGUUGCUAUGUUAAUGCUGUUUGUCUUUGGAGCAUUGCUUCAUGAUGUCCUACUGAGCAGCCAAGAAGAGGCUUCUCCCAAGGCAGAUGGCGUUCCCCUUCCGGGCGGACCUCUGUUUGACUAUGGCAGCCUCCGCUUGCCAGAAGAGCACAUCCCCUGCUUUCUGCACAACAAUAGGCAGAUUGCCACCGUCUGUAAGAAAGACUCACAUUGUCCUUAUAAAAAACACUUAGAAAAUCUAAAGUGCUGCUGGGGUUAUGAGCAAUCCUGCAAACCAGAAUUCAGGUUUGGGUACCCUGUUUGCACCUAUGUUGACAUGGGAUGGACGGAUACCCUGGAAUCAGCCCAGGACAUAUUCUGGAAACAAGCUGACUUUGGAUACGUUGGAGAGCGGCUGGAGGAACUACAUAUACUCUGCCAGCCUGAGGAACCGAAUGACUCAAGUCUGGUAUGUUCCCGUUAUCUUCAGUACUGCAGAGCAGCCAAUCUCUAUCUUGAUUUAAGAAACGUCAGGAGAAACCAUGACAGGUUUAAGGAAGAUUUUUUCCAGACUGGUGAAAUUGGAGGACACUGUAAACUUGACAUUCGUACAUUGAUGUCUGAAGGUCAGCGUAAGAGCCCUCUGCAGUCUUGGUUUGCUGAGCUCCAAAGCUAUACUCAGCUCAACUUCAGACCUAUAGAAGAUGCUAAAUGUCACAUUGUUAUUGAAAAACCAACCUACUUCAUGAAAUUGGAUGCAGGUGUUAACAUGUACCACCACUUCUGUGACUUUAUCAAUCUUUACAUUACUCAGCAUGUUAACAAUUCAUUCAGUACAGAUGUGUACAUCGUGAUGUGGGACACGAGCUCCUAUGGAUAUGGCGAUCUAUUCUCCGACGCAUGGAAAGCAUUUACUGAUUAUGAUGUUAUACAUUUGAAAACUUAUGAUUCCAAAAGGGUAUGUUUUAAAGAAGCUAUUUUUUCACUUCUGCCCCGGAUGAGAUACGGGCUAUUCUAUAAUACUCCUCUGAUAUCUGGAUGUCAGAAUACUGGCUUAUUCAGGGCAUUUUCCCAGCAUGUACUACACAGAUUGAACAUCACACAAGAGGGACCCAAGGAUGGAAAAAUUCGAGUCACCAUUCUCGCGCGGAGCACAGAGUAUCGGAAAAUACUAAACCAAAACGAGCUUGUAAAUGCACUGAAAACAGUAUCUACAUUUGAAGUCCGGAUUGUCGAUUACAAGUAUAAGGAACUUGGAUUUUUAGAUCAACUGAGGAUCACUCAUAACACUGACAUAUUUAUUGGAAUGCAUGGAGCUGGUCUGACCCACUUACUUUUCCUUCCCGACUGGGCUGCUGUAUUUGAACUGUACAACUGUGAAGAUGGGCGCUGUUACCUGGACCUGGCCAGGCUAAGAGGCGUACACUACGUCACAUGGAAAAGACAGAACAAAGUCUUUCCUCAAGAUAAGGGCCACCACCCAACUCUGGGGGAGCAUCCGAAAUUUACUAACUACUCUUUUGAUGUAGAAGAAUUUAUGUACCUCGUCCUUCAGGCUGCAGACCAUGUAUCACGACACCCAAAGUGGCCAUUUAAGAAAAAACAUGAUGAGCUGUGAAUGUGUUGAGUUUGUUUGCAAAAAGGGAAUGUUUAAACACUGCACCACCCACUUACAGUUAAAUUAGUGAAAUGACCUGGUAUUUCUUAGCUCCAAAUUAAUUUUUCUAUACCAAACCAUGCCUUUAGGACAUUACUUACGGGCCUUAUAGUCUUUAACUGUUUCGUGGAAUUUUUGUGUCAUUGCUAUUUAUCAAGAUACUAUUUUUGCACUGAAAACUUUAUUUUUUAUAGUUCAAACACAGGCAUGGGUUCACUGAUGUAAUUGAGCUUCCUUCUUAGGGAUACCAAAGUAUUCAACUUUCUUAGCUUUAGAAUUUGUAAAUGUUUUGCAGAAUACCAUGGGAUUGUAAUUCUAGAGACUUCCAAGUGGUUUAUGAUAUAUAUGAGUAAAUUCACAAUGGCUUUUUUAUUUGCCAUAAUUUAUUCAUAGCACUGUUCGUGGUAGGAAAGGAAACCGGAACACACAGACACACACACACACUUGUGAUUUUCAGUACCAGGCUAUAGGACCAUGUUAUAGAUCAAACUGUUUUAAACGGAUCAGUUUUACUCUAUCAGAGUCCACACUAACUGCUACGGAAUCCUCUGCUGUAUCUUUUGGUCAGCUUCAGGUUCUGUGCAUCAAGAGCCUGAAUGAAGCAUGCUGAUGUAUUAAUUUAUAUUCACAUGUUUCCUAUAUGCAAGUCAUGUUUUCCCAAAUUGUACAACUACACAUGAUAAAAACAGAACACUUUUUAGGACUGUUUUGUCUACCUUCUAGCUGUUUUCCACCUCACUGGGGAGAGCUUUUAUAUAUCAAAUAGUGGUUUCCACUGCAUUGUAACUGCAUGUACCUAGGUGUAUGCAUCUACCUCUUUUAGCAAGGAAGUAUUCCAGUAUGUGUUUGAUUUCGCAAACUUCAAAUUAGCUACAUGGAGGGAAUGUUUCCCUAUAAAAAAGUAAAGGCCAAAAAAAAAAAGA